UAGGCUGGCACCAAGGCCAGAUAAAAAUUAUAGCUUGCGACGAUGAGAGAUCGGUUCAACUGUAUAAAGAGGCCAUCUCCAAAGUCGGCGAAGUGUACCCAAAUGCCAAGCUAGUGGUCGUGGACAGGAAGGAUAUUCCGUCCAGGCCGCGAGCAAGGGUUUGGUUACCUUCAACCGUCGAAGACCCGGAAGAGAUUAUGAAGCUCAUUCGGGUCUGCAAUCCGGACAUCCCAACGCAGGAAUGGAGGUAUGUCAAAACUCUCACAAACAAAAAUAGCGCAGAAGAAUCGAAAGAGCAGAAGCGCGCCACCAUGCAGGCUCUCCUGCUCCUCACAGAGAAUUCAAUCGAACCAUUAGCGAAAUGCGAUGGGCAUCUGAGAUACGGUUUUGUAAAGGUGAAACUUCACAUUUACAAAACAGACACAGAUGCAAUUGAGUUCCUCGCCACUAAGGAAGGUGAAAAGCACAUGGGCGAACUAGAACCCAUGAGCGAAACCGAGCCAAUGAGCGAAGACGACCGGCCCACCGAAGAAGAAUACGCCUCUUCAGGCUCAGAAAUGGGCUUAGGGAGGCUGUACUUCGAACGGGAGGAUAAACCUUCAUCACUGUAAAGAAGCCUGCCUUGCCCUCCUGGAGCGUCUGGCAGAAGAUCAGCCGGACGUAGUCCUCAUCCAGGAACCCUGGGUACGGAAUGGCGAAAUCUGCGGUCUGAGGACAUCAGGGUAUAAGGUAUACAAGACCAAUGGUGAAGGUACUAAAAGA